CUUUUAAAUUCUGCAAGCUUCCACUACUCUGCAUAUUUUCUCCCCAUCUAUAUAUACUACUCUUUCUUCGGUUUGUGAAAGCCUUUCUUUCCUGUAUCAUAGGAGCACUUCUUUCAUACACCAUAACUCCGUGUAUAAUAGCUAAAAUUUCUUAUUACUUAGUACUAUGGAUUCCCAGUACAAGACUAACAAUGAUGGGGGAGAGAGCCGGUCGAUCGAUGUCAAGGUAGCUAACCCAAAAUCCAUCAGAUCAUCGGACUUCCUUCUUCGUUUUCUGGCCAUAGCGACUACACUCACCGCAGCUAUUGUCAUGGGCGUGGCCAAUGAGACAAAGACCGUUCCCAUCACUCUUUUGCCUGGCGCCGAUCCGAUAUUCAUUGCCGUGCCGGCUAAAAUGCGCUACUCAUCUGCGUUCAUAUACUUCGUGGUGGUGAACGCGAUCGCAUCUGCGUACGCGUUAUUUUCCCUCCUGGCGACGAUGGCGGGUGGCAAGGGAUUAGCACUGUUCAUCAUAGCCCUUGAUCUGAUGAUGGUGGCCCUUCUCUCAUCAGGCAAUGGGGCCGCGGCAGCCAUCGGCGUGCUCGGUUACAAUGGGAAUAAACACGUGCGGUGGAACAAGGUAUGCAACGUGUUCGACAAAUUCUGCCGCCACGUGGCCGGAUCCCUGGUCGUGUCCCUGAUCGGAGCUUUGGCAUUCCUCUUGCUUGUGCUCUGCUCUAUUUUGAAUCUCCACCGUAGAUCUCGGUAGACCAACGUCCUGAUUUUCUUCUUGAUUGUUCUGCUCGUUCUCCGUCCAUGUUUAUCACUUGCGUGUAAGCUGUGUUACUCACGAUGAUUUCGUGCUUUGUAGUGACUGUUCAGUGCUCUA